AUGGCGGUGAUGGCGAAUCAGGCCAACACUAUGGAGGCGAAUCCUGCUGUGACUCUGCAAGCUGUGCAGAGGCUAAGUCAAUCGGCCGGGAACGACAAUGGCAACGGUAAAGGGAAUGCUAAUGAUAAUGCAGAAGGAAAUGGUGAUAACACCGGAAGAGUUCCAAUGACCUUGGUGACGUUCCUUAUGGUUCAUCUGCCAACUUUCCGAGGAUCAACUAAUCUUACUGAAGAGGACCACUGGUUCCAGGCCAUGGAGCGUGCUUUACAGGGGCAACAUGUUCCACACAAUCAGUAUGUAGAGUUUGCCGCUUAUCAACUUGCAGGAGAGGCCCAGCCCUGGUGGCAAGCAGAGUGUCUCUUGCUACAGCUACAGAACGCUUAUGUUUCGUGGAGUGUGUUCCAAAUGGCCUUUUACAAGAAGUACUUCCCUGAGUCUGCAAGGAAAGUGAAGGAGAUGGAACUGAUGCAGCUAAAACAAGGUUCCAUGUCUGUGGCAGAUUACACCAGCAAGUUCGAGGAACUUUGUAGAUUUUCUCGGGUGUGUCAGGGUGCCCUAGAGGCUUACAAGAGCUGGAAGUGCAUUAAGUACCAGAGGGGUUUAAAGGAUAGCAUCAUGACUAUUGUGGCUCCUAUGGAGAUCCGUGUCUUCUCCGACUUGGUGAACAAAGCAAGGGUGGUUGAGGAGUAUGCCAAGACUGUAGCGGCAUCCAAAGAGACCCAUGGGGGAACCUCUAGCAAAGGAUGUGGCAUAUAUUUCCAUCCGAGAGGUCAAGGCUUUAAAAGAGGAGGAUAUGCACAUCAAGGUCAAGGAGGUUUCAGGAAGAAUAUUCACGAUCAGUUUCAGCGUGGCAAAGGGAAAGGAAGUCAAAUUGGUUGCUUCAACUGUGUAUUGCCUUGUCAUAUCGCGAGGGAUUGCACUCGUGGGAAGAACCCAAAUGCGGGUCAGAGUCAGCACCAGGGGUGA